CCCGCUGGCUCCCCCGCCUCCGAGUUCCCCCUGGGGCAGGGCCCGGCCCCCCUUCUUGGCAGCAGCUCCCGCUCCGGCUCCCCAGAGCCAAGUACCCGGCCAUCAAGGCGCUGAUGCGGCCGGACCCUCAUCUCAAGUGGACGGUGCUGGGGCUGGUGCUGGCGCAGCUGCUCGCCUGCUGGCUGGUGCGGGGGCUGGCGUGGCGCUGGCUGCUCUUCUGGGCCUACACCUUCGGCGGCUGCGUGAACCACUCGCUGACGCUGGCCAUCCACGACAUCUCGCACAACACGGCCUUCGGCAACGCCCACGCCGCCCACAACCGCUGGUUCGCCAUCUUCGCCAACCUGCCGGUGGGCGUGCCCUACGCCGCCUCCUUCAAGAAGUACCACGUGGACCACCACCGCUACCUGGGCGGCGACGGGCUGGACGUGGACGUGCCCACGCGCCUCGAGGGCUGGCUCUUCUGCACGCCGGCCCGCAAGCUGCUCUGGCUGGUGCUGCAGCCCUUCUUCUACUCGCUGCGGCCGCUCUGCGUGAACCCCAAGGCCUUGACCCGCAUGGAGGUGUUCAACGCGCUGGUCCAGCUGGCGGCCGAUGCGGCCAUCUUCGCCCUCUGGGGGCUCAAGCCCGUGGCCUAUCUGCUGGCCAGCUCCCUGCUGGGCCUGGGUCUCCACCCCAUCUCCGGCCACUUUGUGGCUGAGCACUACAUGUUCCUGAAGGGCCACGAGACCUACUCCUACUACGGGCCCCUCAACUGGAUCACCUUCAACGUGGGCUACCACGUGGAGCACCACGACUUCCCCAGCAUCCCCGGCUGCAACCUGCCCCUGGUGCGGAAGAUCGCGCCGGAGUACUACGACCACCUGCCGCAGCACCACUCGUGGGUGAAGGUGCUCUGGGAUUUUGUGUUCGAGGACUCCCUAGGGCCCUACGCCAGGGUGAAGCGGGUGUGCAAGCUGGCAGAGGGCGGCCUGUGAGCCUGACUGCCUGGCACCCAGCAUGCACGGACCCCGCUGCGCCCUGGCAGGCUGGCUGCUGGGCCUCACCCUGCCCCACCCACCUGCUGCAGAGCCGGUUGUCACCAUGGCCCCCUCGGCCUAGCGCCCAGAACUGGUUUGACUGCAUUUGGUUCCCGCACCCUCGGUGGCUGCUGCUGUCCCCUAGACCACCCAGGGACCACGCCUGGUGACAGCAGGCACAAGCAGCAGCCCGGAGAAGCUUGGUCUGCAGUGCACUCGCUCUGACCUCAGCCAGGCCCGCCCUUUCUGGGCCGGCGCCAGCCCUGCCUUGGGCGCUCUGUGCCGUCCACGCAGCUGCUCGCUCUAGUGUUCUUGUGUCUGAAAUUAAAUGUUUCCACAUCCAUG